UGUAGGACGUGGACGGACGUCUGCACCAGCGUGCAGCCGUACGAUAAAUCUUCGUCUGCGAGUGGCUGAAAAUUGCUGGCCCGCUAGGAACGGUCGGCGCGGCAGAGCCAAACUGAACAUUCACACGAUUUCUGCCGCGUCGAGACAUUCGGCCGCGGGUCCGUGCUGUUUAACAGAAGGCUUAUCAUGCUCUUUUAAGACGUCUCUUGCCUUUGGAUUGCUGCUAUUAUCUCUUUAAAUACAAUUCUUAGAAAGUAAAGAUGUACCAAGCUUCAGCAGAUUUUGUUUUCACCCUUGUUUACAUGCUUUUGUCGGCCUGUUUGGUUGUCCCACCCAGCGAAUUUCGUUCUGCUGGUCUGACCGUCCAGAAUGUGCUUUCAUCUUGGCUUGGGAGUGAAGAGCUGCAUUUUGUUCAUUAUCACAUCAAAAGGACGACAGCAACUAUUAUUUUCCAUGCCCUUCUACCCAUGGGUUACUAUAUAGGCUUUGGUCUAGUCUGCCCAGAAUACAACCUUUUUCAACCAUGGACGGUAUCUUCCAUAUGGCUUGCUUACCUCAUCGCCUCAGUACUAGCCAUUGUUAUAACUCUGGCCAUAGCAUGCUACUGGUCAAGGGAACACUGGUCAAAACACCCAAUUGCGGCCACCCUCGGACAUCACAGCAACUCGUGGCGGGCAGUAUCAUCCAACGUCAGCAUCGAGUUUCGGCGGAUCAACAAGUUCUCCACCGGCCCACCAAGUUGUAGAGUUUACGUCACGGAUUCGUGGAUCAUCAGGACAUCUGCGUACUCAGUGUGUUUUGCUCAUAAGCAGGAUUGUCAUUUGAAUAUUCUUCAGAGUGUCGAUCAUGCUCUGUCACAUGAAAGUAACACUGGUGUGCAAAUUCUCACCAUUGAAGUCGUUAGCAUCAAUAGGAAUAUCAAGCCAUUUAAAAUCAGGUUAAACGCACUUGAUUUCCGAGACCUGAAGGACAAGGUUAGCAUGCCCAUCGUCAACGCUAGGAAUGUCGUCAUCCAGCAGACCUUGACUGAUAGGUUCCUUGAGGCAUUUAGACAACAGGUGGACACCAACCAAAGAUAUGCCUUGCCUGAUGGUGCACCAUCUCCUGAGACCUGUAUUGGUUGCCUGCAGACCCAAUCCAAUGUCAAGCUGGUGAAGAUGUGUGACAACCCAACCCAGGGGGAGUGCGUCCAGUGCUAUUGCCGUCCCAUGUGGUGCCUAGAAUGCCUGUGUAAGUGGUGGGUGAGCAGACAGCAGCAGGACAAACCAGAGACGUGGCUCGGCUCAAGGUCACCGUGCCCAACGUGCCGAUCAAAGUUCUGUCUCCUAGAUGUCUGCAACAUAGCAUCAUGACAUGACAGUCUGGUUUGUCAGGAUGAGAAGCAAUUCCUGGUAAAGUUCUGUUUGAGAUGACUUGGUUUUGAUGUAGUCUGCAGGUACAGACCCUUGGCUUUUGCAUAGUGCAUUAUACAUCAUGCAGUGUCUGAAGUAGGAUACUAGAUUGAGUAGAUUCACUCAUGUACUGUCACUACUAUUUGACACACACAUGGCAUAAGGAAUCUAGUCUCCACCUUCGACAUGGUAUUAUUUGACAGUGAAAGUGUCCACUUUGAAUCUGUCCUUGCUGACAAGUUGCGAUAUGUCUCUUGGCUGUUUGAAGUACAGCAAGGAGUGGGUGAUUUGUCCAGAAAAGGAAAAGAAAAGAUCCAUGCCCUGUAGCAUUAAAAGAUACAUUCAAUCAUACAAUCAAUUAUACAAUCAAUCCUACGAUCAAUCUUAAUUUAUGAUAGACCAUUGAUUGAUAUCAAAUUGUAGAAUUGAUUGUAUCCCUAUUUCACAACACAAUGGUGUAGUUCAAUUUAAAAUACCUGAUGCAAUUCUAGUAUGUUAUUUCCUUUCAUUUAAGUGCCACAUAUAUUAUUUGAUAUGGUUUAAAACAUUUUUAUUUAUUCAUUCACUUGAUUUUUUUUAAUAAUUAUUUUAUAAGUACAAUAUGUGUUCUGGGUAAUGUUAGAAGAACUUCAAUUAUUUUAAAAAGAGAAAGGGCUCUUGCUGGUUAAUGCAUUGGCUACUUAAUUCUGUAACUAGUUCCAGUAGGCAAUGGGAUAACCCAUUGACUUACACAGGAGCCACUUAGUUUCAGUAAGUAAUGUGUUAAAGAAAACAAAAUGUGAGACUA